CAGCGUCCCCGCCCUGCGCCAGCAACCAGCGCCUCCCGUCCAGUGCCCACCGCGAGCGCCACGUCCCCGUCAGCGCUGGCAACCUGUCACCGCCGAGGACGUGACUCCGAGCUGCCUCCGCUCUCUCCAAGCCCUAUUCCUUUAAGAUGAUGUAAUAGUCAUUUCCCUGGAUGGUUUCUUGCCUGCACUGCUCACACCACAGCAUCCGAACUGCUCCUGGCACCGUGGGACCUCCUAGCUCCGGAGCUCGAGCCCCGCAGGCAUCUCCCUGCCGCCCGGGCUUCUUCCCGCUCCUACCUGGCAGGGAUAUGGGCGUCCCUUUGCCCUUGCCGGCAGGUGGGGUGGCUGCUGCGACCCUGGCUGGGCGCAUCUGUCUGUCUCUCCGCCUCUGGGCUCUCUGAACGCCUCAAAGUCCAGUUACCUCUUGCAACUCUCCCAGGUGUAAAGGAUCUGCUCUAAAGGUUUUGAUUUUGAUAUUUUUUUCUCUUCCUGCCGAAGGUUUGGUUGAAUUUUUUUUUUCCCUUUGCUUCACUUCUUCGACUCAGCCUUCUUCUCACGGUUCAACUUUUUUUUUUUUUUCUCGAUCCAUUUGAACUAGAGAUUUGGGAGUGAAUACGUACACACAUACAUACAUAUAUACAAACGUACUUUUCCGAGCGCGUAAGUGCGGGAUCGUUUAUUUUCCGAGAGCACAUCUCUCUGCCACUUUUCACUGAUACCUCUGUCCUUUACCUGUGUGGGAUUUGACAAGACCCAGUGUGGCUGUGGUUUUCGAUUGCUCUGGAAAAGGUUAUUUCUUCGCAAGAACUAAGUCUCCAGCACUCGCUAAGAAAGACCUCUGAGUAACUGGGCACUCGGCCUUCUUGCCUACCCGGCCUAAUGGAAGAUCGAAUGUAGACAAGCUGAUUUUUACAUCCUGUGAAGUAGUAGCUCACUACCAGACAGCUUUAAACUUCCUGUCCAACAUUACUUCACCUGUGGACUCUCCUAAAAUUUGCUCUGUUGGGGGAAUAAAGAGAAAAACCGGGGUAAGAGGAAGUCAUUUUUGAACAAGUUAACACCUUUUCUUUCCCUCCCUUACAACUGGAUGCAAAGCCUGGGGCUGUGACUCUCGUCGGAUUGUACCUUUCAGUCCAGGAACCUGCACAAGAAAGGGACAAUGGCUCUGAGUGGGAACUGUAGUCGUUAUUAUCCUCGGGAUCAAGGGGCUGCAGUUCCCAACUCCUUCCCCGAAGUCAUAGAGCUGAAUGUUGGGGGCCAGGUUUACUUCACCCGCCAUUCCACAUUAAUAAGCAUCCCCCAUUCCCUCUUGUGGAAAAUGUUUUCCCCAAAGAGAGACAACGCUAACGAUCUAGCCAAGGACUCCAAGGGAAGGUUUUUCAUUGACAGAGAUGGCUUCCUGUUCCGUUAUAUUCUGGACUAUCUCAGGGACAGGCAGGUGGUCCUGCCUGAUCACUUUCCAGAAAGGGGAAGGCUGAAAAGAGAGGCUGAGUAUUUCCAGCUCCCUGACCUCGUCAAGCUGCUGGCCCCCGAGGAAGUCAAGCAAAGCCCAGAUGAAUUCUGUCACAGUGAUUUUGAGGAUGCCUCCCAAGGAAGCGACACAAGAAUCUGCCCUCCUUCACUGCUCCCUCAUGACCGCAAGUGGGGUUUUAUUACUGUGGGCUACAGGGGAUCCUGUACCUUGGGCAGAGAGGGGCAAGCAGAUGCCAAGUUUCGGAGAGUUCCCCGGAUUUUGGUUUGCGGAAGGAUCUCCUUGGCAAAGGAAGUCUUCGGAGAAACUUUGAAUGAAAGCAGAGACCCAGACCGAGCCCCAGAAAGAUACACCUCCAGAUUUUAUCUCAAGUUCAAACAUCUGGAAAGAGCUUUUGAUAUGUUGUCAGAGUGUGGAUUCCACAUGGUGGCCUGUAACUCCUCGGUGACAGCAUCUUUUGUCAACCAGUAUACAGAGGACAAGAUCUGGUCGAGCUAUACCGAAUACGUCUUCUAUCGUGAGCCUUCCAGGUGGUCCUCCUCUCAUUGCGAUUGCUGCUGCAAGAACGGCAAGGGAGACAAAGGGGAGAGCGGCACCUCCUGCAACGACCUCUCCACUUCCAGCUGCGACAGCCAGUCAGAGGCCAGCUCUCCCCAGGAGACGGUGAUCUGUGGUCCUGUAACGCGCCAGAGCAACAUCCAGACUCUGGACAGGCCCAUUAAGAAGGGCCCCGUGCAGCUGAUCCAACAGUCGGAGAUGAGGCGGAAAAGUGACCUGCUCAGGACUCUGACGUCGGGCUCCAGGGAGUCGAACAUAAGCAGCAAAAAGAAAGCUGCGAAAGAAAAGCUCUCCAUCGAAGAAGAGCUGGAGAAGUGCAUCCAGGAUUUCCUGAAGAUAAAAAUUCCAGAUCGCUUCCCCGAGAGAAAACAUCCUUGGCAGUCUGAACUUUUACGGAAGUACCAUCUAUAGGGGAGGGCUGGGGAUAGUCACCAUUUUGAAAUAAACCUCCCCAAAGGAAGACAUAUGUUAAAGGAAAAUGUCAACUAAUGAUCCACAUUUGUUAGAACACAAUAGUCCAUUGAUGUACUACUGCCUACUUUAACUAGCUCACCUUAACGUGUAAAUCCACAGGGUAGAUUUCUUUCCAGAUGUGGAACCAGAAGCGCGCUCCUCUGUUGUCCUUUGUCUUUUAUUAACUUGGUCCCAUGUGCUGAGAGUCUUACAUACAAUGAAAGCUGGCUCCAUGUGAGUAGCUCACGGGCUUUGGGAGUCAUCCAUCCCAAACCGGUUUUUUUUCCCCCCUCUCAUUUUCUGCCUCCUUCCUUUGGUCAAGGAUGGGGAAAGAGAUAUGAUCCAGUGGCAUAUGUCAAGACUUUUAAUUUUUUCUUUCCUUUUGUUUACGGGGUGAGGGGAGAAUGGCAGAUUUGUAUGAUUUUUUUCACUUAGAUCUCUAUGUGCCAGUUUCUAUUGACUCUGUAUGCAUGAGCACUUGUGCAACACAAAGCACAAUAUAUGUCUGUAUAUAUGCACAACGGAUGCACAUGACCCAGGGGCUGGACAGCAAAGGACUGGCACCCUGCUGCCAGCUGCCCCCCACCCCCACAAGAGCACUUCAGACAAAGGAACCUCUGCCUCUUUAUUCAAACCCUCCUGGGCAGAUUUUCCAGCCUCCCUCGGCAACACUUUCUAAUGCUGAAUAGGCUCCCAUCAUCAACGAAUUCUCUUUCUUAUUUUGAAGUGAAUACCCCCCCAGGCUCCUUUGCUCUGCCGUGCUCUUUCCCUACAUUAGGAGACAGGGAGAUGAGCUAGUGGAACACUGUUUGUGUUUGAAGAAACUAGCAGAUAUUCUCAUUCAUAAACACAGCUUGGAGAUGCCCUGCACUCAGCCUUCUCCAUUCUUAUUUGAUGAUCACCAUUCUCUCUACCUGAAUCAGAGUUCUAAUUUUCCCACAUUUUUCCUGAUGAGGCCUUUUGUAUAAUUCAGGCAAGUCCUUUGCAUCCUUAUGAGUUGUGAAGCUGUGAACAACACACAAUGAUUGAAGAUGCAUCCAGCCUUCAGUUUGCUUGCUUUAGAGGAUUUGUACCCCCACAUGCUUCCUAAUUUCUCAUACGAACUUUAAACUACACCUGUACAUUGUUGCUUGCUUAUAGCCAGGCUUGGUUGCCUUUGGGAUCCUGGGGUCUGGCUGCGGCCAUACUAUGGUUUAGUUGUACCAUUUCUAAAAUGUCUGUAAUGACCCGAGUGGGUGGGGCUGGAACACAAAAGUUAUGAAUUUGACUUUUUAAGCUUUUUAAAAAAUAUAUUCCUGACCUGUAUAGAUACAGUCCAAAAGAAAUUGUUAACAAUGUCUAUCCACAUGACUCUUGUCUUCUAUUAAUCUCUCAAUAGUUCUUUUGUUCACUUGUGCUAAUGAAUGUCCAAAGACAAAUUUUAAUUUUCAGCAUUCUUCACACAUCUCAGUGGUAACUGAAAAAAUGAUUUGUCACUAUAAUGUGCCAAACAUUCCUAAUUUUUUGGUGUGUGUGUGUGUAUGUGUGUGUGUGUGUGUGUGUGUGUGUGUGUACAUGUGCACACACAUAUGUUUAAUUAGCACAGGUAAUAAAGACAACCAGACAAUAUCUAUGGGAGGAAAAUCUGAUGACCAGUUUCUUCUUUCUGAAAACUUUCAUUUAGGUACAUUUGUUAUUUAAGAAUCUCCUCAUUGAUUUAUUGGUACCUGUUAGUCUUUCUGAAUUUUUUGUAAUUCUUUACUACACAGGUGGAUAAUAGGAUAAGGCAAUGCUUUCUUGUCCUGAUGCUUCAGAGAGUUUAAAAUUUUAAGUGAAAAAGGAAAGGUGCUGAGUUGCCAGGAAAAUUAUCAUUUAUAAAAGUAUUCUUUUGUGUAUUAAUAUUUUAGCAGAUAGUUGAUGGAUAGCUUUGUGUAAAGCCUACUAAUGCAUUCUGUGUUUCUUGAUGGUACAUCAAAGACACCAUCAUAGUAACUAUAGAAGAUACUGAGAAGCAUCAUGGAUCUUAAUGGAUCAGAAGACAGUGGAUGUAAAUGACUGGCCAGAUGAUCAUUGACUCACUGAAAUGGCUUUCAGAGAAUCUGAGAUUUGAAUAAAUUGGCCAAAGUCCCCAGUUUCCUUAAAUUUCAGCCCUAAUCAUAAUUGUAUCAAGACAUUGAGGCACUCAAGAACUGGGCUGGCCAUCAACCCAUAGUUACUACUUCAGUUUUCAAAUAGGAAAUAAAAUGCUAUACCCAAAGUAUUAUAGCAAUGUUCUGCAGGCUCUGUUGUUAAGGCAUUUCUUUUUUCUUCCCAGAUACUCUGUACCCACAGCUAACAAGCUAAGUAGUAGAAAUCUGUUGAAAAACAACAACAUAUCACUUUCUUUUUUGGGCUACCUGUAAAAUGGCAUCUGCCCCAUGGUAAAAUGUUGAAACAGAAAAUACCAAAAGCAUGGCAUUCACUUGUGAGGGUGUUGACAUGUUCAGGAAUAGAGCCCAGGUUAGUAAAAGGCUUUGAGGAGGCACCAAGAAUAUAAAGUCUUAGGUUCCCUUUGGCAUGGAGUGAUCUAUCUAGCGUGCUCCUUGUAGUCUUCAACACACUGGGAAUAAUCUUUGGCUAAGUGAACCAUGAGAUUAAGCAUUCUGGUAUCCCUGGCUUCUGAGCCAUAAGUUCAGUUAUGGACAGAACAAUAUUAUAUACAGUUCAGUUCUUGAAUGUGGAUUUUGACAGGAGCUGUACAUUGUUGCUAUCAAGAAAUGAAUAGUACUGGAUGGUCAAAUGAAUGAGACUUGACAUGUGUAUAGACUGAAUUUGGGCUGCCUUCUCUGAAAUCCUGUAAGGCUAAAUUCUAUGAACUUGGGGAGGUCAUUAAAUGGAUAUGUAGUCUCCUGAAGUCAGGGACAUAUUUAUAAAGUCCUCCUACCCACUAUUAAGAAGGGAACACUAUGCAAACAGCAGAGGGAAAAGGAAAACACAUGUUAACAUAAUUUAUAAUUACCUCUUCCACUGCUCAGAAAAAAAUGCACUGAUGUAGUCAUAAGCAACCCUGUGAAGUGGCUUCCAAAAUACACUGUGAUGUAUUCCUGUGCACAUCAGCAUAUCUGUCCUACUGGACAUGCGUGCAUGCCUCAUUUUUAAAAGGGAGGAAGAGUGCAAUGACAAAUGUGCCUAUCACUUGGCCUUGUUUGAUUCAGAAGCAUUCUUUUUCACAGCUGGCAGGUGUCUGUUCAUUAUUUAUUCUCUUAGCCACCCUGCUUAUGAUUCUGGAUUAUGUUUGCUUCUCCAGACUCUCCAGUCCUCUGAGUAUCUUUUUUUUUUUUUGAUAAGCAGAACAUGCUCCAAGGAGGGAAAUUAAUGGCAGAUACAAUAUUUAAAAAAAAAAUUACUCCAGUACAGUUCCUACAAUGAAAGUCAAAACUUGAUUCUCAAACUUUUCUUUGCUAUCACUUCAAUCUUUCAAUUUGGUAUAUAGUAGAGUAGACCAACCCAGAAGAGCUGAGAGUUGGCAUUCUCUACCAUUGGAUAUAUUGUCAUGGAAUUUGAGUAAUGGUGGCCUUAUGUUUGAUCUUUGCCAGAAUUAAUAAGACAUUUUCUGCGAACUUAUAGGAUGAAUUUUUUGUCAUCUCUACUUGACAUAACAAUUUUCUAAGGAAAAAUGAAGGGAAUUAUUUUCCCCCUGGUGACUCUGUGGCAGAUAAAUGUUUUUACCAAUUUGCAUGCUGAGUUAUAGGUUUUAGCAUGGGCCAUUUCUCUCUUUAAUGUCUUGGUAUUGUUGGCAUCUUGCAAUCUUGAUGGCCUACUGUUCCAAUUUAUUUAUUUUCUCUUACAGUGUUAAAAGAACACACUAGAGAAAGAAUCAGAGUGAGCAGUGUGUAUUUGGACCUACAAUGGAGUUAGAUGUCAUUGGUAAGGGACUACACAAUGAUAGAUAUCUACAAAGAAAUUAGAGGAAAUGAAACAUGCUGGAAUGAGUUUGAUUUAUAUUGCCUUCAUCACUUUGGUUCUAGAUGAAAUGGUUAUUGCUCCCCAUCCCCGUGGAAAGAAGAGUCUUCAGCUUUAAUGACUACAGCCUUGUGAUGCAGCCACAGUAUUUGCUUUGAAAUGUCUGCUCUUCUCAUUUUGCUAUGGACACUGGUAAGGGGAUUUUCCCCCAGUGACCACUGCUGCAAACACUUUUGUAGUCUGGUAUUCAUCACACAUUAAAUUCACUUAUGGCACUUUCUGAAAAGGAGAUCCCCUUAUGUAGACUUCAGAGUCAGAUUCAUAAAACUUUUAGCAGGGGCAGGAAAUCUGCAUUUUGAACUAGUAUACUACUAGUAUUUAGUAGUUUUGAUGAUCCAAGGACCACACCUUAAGAAAUACUAUUGAGGAACUAAGGAGAAGUCAACAUAUAAUUCAAAUCAAGUGCCUUUCACUGUCUAUGAAAGGUCCAUAAAAUCAUGCUUCGGGACUAGGCCACAGUAUGUCUCCAAAAUCCCUUUAUCACUUCAUCUGCCAUUCAACCAAAGUCUUCUUCCCAUAAGGUCUAUGUUUGUGCCUUUUCCUUGAGUCGGAAAGCCUAUAUCAUUACAGCUUUAUCUUUUGGCAGAUGGGCCUCUGCUCCUCAGUCAGAAAGCCUGUAUCAUUAUAGCUUUAUCCCAGGUGGACGGGGAAUAUCUCUGAGAGAAGCGUAUUUUAAUAAUACCCAACAGGGAAUGAAAGUAAUGAUGCCUUUUGUGCCAGCUGUUCAUUUUAUUACUCAGUUUGGGUCAAAGGAGCCAGAAAGUAAUCCAUAAUUUAAUGACUAUGCUGCACCAAACAUGGUUCCAUUGAUGAAAUACACAGAUAACACCAAAGCAAUGUGGAAUAAUCAGUGAUUUCAGCUGUUUAAUCAAUACAAUCCUGAACCAUUGAAUUACUUGCUUAGUCCAGUUUAACGUAAGCAGGAUAUGAGGCUCGUAGAUGAUGGAGAUUUUUGAACCAUAAUGUUAACCAAAAAAUGUAAAUGAAAAGCCUAUGUAUAAGAAUAAGCAUAUGAGAAAGGACAGAAGGAAUUAAAAAUGGUGACAACCCAACUGUAAGGACACAAAGGAAGUGAAGUUCUAUAAUUUUCCCCAGUGAUUCUACCAGAAGAGACUGCCACACCAUAAUCUCUCUCUCUCUCUCUCUCUUCUCUCUCUCUCUCUCUCUCUCUCUCUCUCUCUCUCUCCCAUUGUCUGUCUGUCUGUCCAUCUGUCUGUCUGUCUUUCUCUCACACACACAUACACCAUAGAGGCUGGAAGGUUACAAUGACUCACCCACUUGACCCUAGCAUAUAACAGAAGAAUAACUGGAUGAAUGACAAAUGCCCAUAUGGAACAAGAAGUAGAAUAAUUAACUUGUCAUGAGCAUUAAUGAACAUUUAAAUAAAUACAAAAGGAAGCGAGAAACAGCUAAUGAAAUAGAUGACCUUGAGCAGCUAACUUAGAUUAUUUGAUCAGUAUAAACACACACACACACACACACACACACACACACACACACACACACAGUUCAAUUUGUUUCAUUCUGUUGCUUUCCCUGCUCUGCACCCAAAUGGGAAGAUGCUUUUAUUGGCCCAACUCCCUAACCUUUUUAAAAAACAAAUUCCUCUUGUUUGUGAACAAAUUGCAUUGUUAAUUGGGUAAUGAAUUUUAAGCCCUAGAAUGUCAGCCAUCCUUUAUUUAGAGAAACUAUUUUUUAAAAGAUAAAGGACAAAAUGUUCCCUAGCCCAGUAAUUAUCACAUGGUUUGUCCUGGAGGAGGGUAGGGGUAAUUUUCCUGUUAAUCAGCCUUGUAAAAGCACUUAAAGGCCAACUAAGGAUUUAGUGAGUCUGAACUUCUGUGAUCUCCUCUGUCUUGUUUAGGUUAUUCUUAGAAGGAACCUUUAGCUAUUACCUGAAUUUACACAAUAAAAACCAGCAAAAGUUUAGGUUCUUUCUUUCUUUUUUUUUUUUCUUCCUAAUAUUGGGUCUAUCCAUCACUGAUGGAAGCAGAACUGAUGCAUUGCCAAGUAGUGAAUAGUUACUGCAAAGUUGCAGCUGUGUGUUCAUGGUGUGGGUGUACACACAGGUGUAUGCCUUGCUUUUACAUACCUGUUUGGCCAGUGGUUAUUGAUCAUGUGAGUACAUAAGAAAAUUCCUUGGUUAAAAAAUUUAAUGUAUUUUUAAAUUCUGAAAGAUAGGUUAUCAUUUAAAAUAUCAACUGAUUAAUAUUGGUCCCCUGAUAUUAUUAAAACAUUACACAUUUCUAGGGUGUGGGGUGAUCAAACUCCCUGUCAUGAUGUGUAAAGUCAAGCAUGAAAUCUUACAUAAAAAUAAACAAACAAAUAGGAAAGAAAAAGAAGGUAGUGUCAGAAUUGAAUCCAGAGUCUAAGGUAGGGGGACAAGAGCUCCAGCACUUGGCUGCAACUGGAGCCCAGAAGAAUGCAUUUGGGGGAAGUUAAACUAGAAUUCAUGUCGGUCAUUAACUGUUUUUCUCCAUUGUGACCAGGGGUCAGUAGUUUAUCUUUUUGUGUGGAGACAAACAAUUUCAGAAAUUCUAUUGGUUUGAUUAGGCUGUGUGCAUUUAAGGCAGUUCCUGCCAACUAGGCAUGAUUUUGUGGCCCAGCGGUCUUUGGCAAUCCCCGAAGACAUUUUUGACGGUCAUGACUGACGGGUGCUGCUGAAAUCCAGUGAGUAGAGAUGAGAGACUGCCAAGACUCCUCCAGUGCUCAAGGAAGACUCUCACAGCAAAGAAUUGUCUAUUAAAAAAUCCUAAUACUGCCUAAGAUGAGAAACUUAACGAAGGAAUGCUUUACAUUCCUUUUUCUUUCCUUUAUUCUUCCCCAAUAUAAUACCUCUAUGGAUUAUUUAGGAUUUCUAUACAGUGCACCCUGAUCACAUUCACCUCCCAUUCCUCCCAGGUCCACCCUCCCACCCUUGCACCGCCCCCCCCACACACACAUAAAGAAAGAAAAGGACUAAGUCCUGCUUGUGCUGCCCACUCAUUGGAGCAUGGUCAAACUCCCAGUGGCCAGCCCCGAAAGAUAAAAGAAUCCUUUCCCUCCCCCUGCUAGAAGCCAUGACUUCCUUUCUGCACCGUGUCUAGAAAAAAAACUCCUGGUCAAAGCAAAAGCUAGGAAAGAAUCACCACAAUCACCAACUUAAGUGUGUGGGUUUUUAUGACGUCUGAUGCAACCGUCACUUUAUAUAGAUGUGAGAGCUGAGGGUUAGAAGAAGGAAUACACCAUCGUUUUUUUCAGGGUCAUGAAAGGGAAGUGGCUGUCUGUGGUUUAGGCAGCCAGGUGAUUUCUAGAUGAGUCUUUUUGCCUUCCUCACCCAAUUACACUUCGUUGAUGUUGUCAGUCAGGUCGAAGCACUUUGGAGUCUUUGGGGUUUUGCAUGACUCCACCGGAAUGCUUUCUGAGCUGAUCAACAGUAGACUACAAGGUCUCAGACAUAAAUUCAGGAAGGGGGAGAAAGUUCUCAUAGUGGACCAAAGAUUUUAUUAUUUUAACUGUUCAUUUUAUACCUUAUUUAUUUGGGUUCAUUAACGAUGGCACUUAGAUCUUGAAAAUAUGUUUCCUUGUUUCAUAGACUUGCACAGGUCUGGUUCUCACUCCCGGUUGUCAUAGACAUGACAAGCCUCAGAAGCCCUGGGUGCUGAGCCUCAUCUAGGAGGCACAUGCCAACUCUCUGAGGAAACUUUUGUGGCCUUAAAAAAAUUGGUAUCUAUUUUAAAUUAAUCAGACCAGCAUUAAAGUGAUAGAAUAAAGAUUAUCAUAUCCCCAUUUUACAAAAGGGAAACUAAAGACUGGAGAGUUUAAAUCAAUCAAUCAAUCAAUCAAUCAAUCAAUCAAUCAAUCAUAUAUUUGUUUGUGUAUGUACCCAUCAAAUAUUGGUGGAAUGCAUGCCGUGUAAACACCACUGCAGCGAACAAUAUGAACUACUCAGAAAUUCAAUUUUGGAUAAAGAACUUGAAUUCAUGUCACCCAAACAUAUUAUUUCGGUAUGUUUUCUAUAUUUAUCCUAUGUAUGUAUAUUAGAUCAACAUAUUAGAAUUAUCAGUUAAAAACCAAGUUUUAAGGAAUGUCUAUUAAUGAUUUGUCGUUUCAUGCCAGAAACUCUACUUGGUAUUUAACAUACCACAUUUCACUAAAUCAUAUACUAAUCUAACAAUGUACCCUCCCACACGCCCCUGGCCUCUGUCACUGCCGCUUGCCUUACAGAUAAGCUCAAUACCACUCAGAGAGAGAAAGUGGCAUACAGGCCCAUAAAAACAGUGGCAGAAACAUGUUUUCACUUGGGCUUAUUUUUGUAUUCCAAUGGCUGUGGACUUAACCACCCCAUCAAAUAACCGCUUCCCUUUUUAUUAUGAACUUUUGUCUAUUUCUCUUUUUCUCUUACUGUUUAAGUGAAGGGUAGCCCGCAUGAUCUCUGCCCAGCCCCCUUUUUCAAAUAAAUGGGUUAUUUAAAAACCACAACUACUCUUAGGCAUGAAUUUUCGGAGGAGAUAAGGAAAAGGCAGAUUUGGAAGGCAGGUCUCUGUUCUCUCUGCCAUGGACUUUACUUUGCACUCCAAACCCUCUGGGGGGCAGUCAUAGUGCACAACUAAUAACACCUGUCCAGCCCUAAGGAGUGCUCACCCUAGGCUGGUUUCCAUACUGGGAGGGCUGGACCUGAGACUGCUUGCCAUGCUGUGUACAGGGCGCCAGGGCAGAACUCAAAAGACACACACCAGGUGGGCGGGCGGCUGUGCACAUGUGUUAUACAGACAUGUGUCUAUGUACCCUUCUGCUUUCUCAUUUUGACUUUUUUUUGCAAAUAUUAGUGGUUAUUUUUUAUUCAAGUCAGAUCAAAAAUACAAAUGAAUUGGCUUCCCACAGUAUCUCCUGAUUACUCUUCUGAGCUGGGGUGGGGGAUAAAGCAAAAAUUGGCAAUGAAAUACAAGAGUGUGUGUAAGGGGCAUGGGUAUCUGGUGUUUUGUGUGUUGGUGUAUAAAUUGCAUGUAUAUAUGUAUAUAUGUGUGUACAUCUAUCUAGAUGUAUAUAUAUAUACAAAUAGCUAUAUAUCUAUACAUAUGUAUACACAUAAACAUGUAACUUGAAACUUUGAAAUUUUGAGUUUAGGAAACUAAUUAUUACAGUUUAUAUUGGUUUCCUAGAUAGUCUAUUGCAGUUCUGGUUUCCAGAAUUCUCUUCUACUAUGAAUGUAUAUAUUUAUCAAUGAUACAGAGAAUAUGAUACAAAUACCUAGAUUUAACUUCUAUGGAUAAAACUGUAUUUAAAGAAAUGCCAAACCAUGGGUUGGAAUUUCAAACUAUAUGUUUCAAAAUGUUCACAACAAAAACAAAACAAAGUGGAAGGAAAGAAACAAAAUGCCACCAUACGAAAGUGGUGAUUUUUUAGGAAGAAAAGAAAAAGAAAACAACAGCAGAAACCCACUGGCUAUUGCCCAGGGCUCUCUCACUCACCUGUUGAUGAAAUUGCUCUCUUGUAGUCCAUGGGGUCUAUGCGGCCUGCAUGAUCAUGAGUGACACUGGUUAUCAGUCUAACUAUGUUGAAGUUACAGCAAUCAGUUUAAAAUAUACGUAUUGUAAAUAGGUGCCAAAUCUCCAGGGCACAUCGAGCACCCCAAUCCCUCUCUAGUCCCCUGCCAAUCACCUAUUCAGCCUGUUUAUACAAGUAUCAAAAAGUUGUUCAGAAAAGGAGGAUCAGAGUCAAAUGAAAGAAAGCACGUCUUACUUGUUUGGAUAUCCUACAGACAGAAGAGCCAAAUGUCUAAAUUUGGGGCAAAAAGGCAGGCUCUCAGUCAGAGUCAAGUGCUCUGGAGGUCAUGGGAGAAUGUGAGAAGUGUUUGAAGUUAACCUAUGCAGGCUUCCCUGGGGCUUCUUGGGAUCAGUUUGUAAGCACAUAAGCCUGAUCCUUCAAAGAAAGUCUGUUUCCCAAGCCAGGGUUCAGCUGAUAGAUUCCUCCUUCCUGGGGACCUAUGGAGAGGGCCCACAGAACCAAACACCAAGGCAUCCAAGUAGGCAAAUUAUCUCCAUAGGCUCUCUACAUGUGUAGUCUUGAAGGCUUGAGGAAGAAAUACCCUUUCUUCCUGCUUUUUAAUGAAAUGUUCAAAUCAAGUUUAAGAACUCUUGCAGUUAUUUUCUUUGUUCCCAACAUUUUGGAACGGAUAGGAAGUUUUACAUCAUCCUCUCUUUGAGUUCCCUUGUGGAUUUUUUUUCCCAUUUAUUUAUUUUUAUUUUUAUUUUAAAGGAAACUGAAUCAGGAGAAUUUUCUUAACAUGUUCUGCCUAAUUUAGAGAACGGCAUAGCAAUGUAGUUUUGGAAAGCACGCAGGGUGGGGAAGUGGGGGUACCAACAUUGCUCGUUACUGUCUCUCGGUAUAAGAAACUGGAUUCAUGAUUUAUUGAAAUGGUAUCCUAUCUAAAACAUUCAGAGAAACUAACUUACAAGAACUUCACUUCAGAAGUUCCCUGAAAUUUGUGAAUGGGAUCAGCUUCCAGUGACACUCUUCAGGCUGACAAUAACAUUCAGCUAAGUCUGUGAUGAGCGACUCUGUGAUGGUGGAAAGAAGCUACACAAAGUUACGCUCUCAUUCUCCACAUCUUUCACAACCAAGCAGAGCACUAGAAACAGAACAGUUUCCUUAAAUUCAGUGUACGUGUUUAAAUGCUAGCCGUAUCACCUUUGACCCUUCUCAACUUUGGGGCUGUGUUGAAUAAGCUACCUGAGAUCUCCAGAUACAUACAGCAGGGAUUGCCACAUUUCUCUUUGCAUCUGUCUCUGAUGCUUUGAAUGUGAUGUUACACCACAUGGAGGUACCUGGAUUUUGCUGGAGCUAACACUGAAUGGUGAUUGACAGGGGCCUUGCUCAUGUUCCUUUUUUGCUGACCUCAUUCCGGCACCUGAUGAUGGGUCAGUUUGUUGCGCAUUGAUACAUACUAAGGGACACCCAUUGAAAUUACCUCUUUGCUUCUCCAAGGCAGUUUGCUUGUACAUAAGUGUAACGUCAACUUGUUUACAGGUUCUUUUGUGUAUAAUUGUGAUAGCAGAUUUAGCUCAAGCCCUAAGAGAAUCUGUUUACUGAAUGGUGUUAAAAUGAAUGUGCUUAUUACAGGAUAAACAUCAUUAAUUAUUGAUUCACAUGAAUGCAUGUCUAUAUGUCAUCAAUUUCCAUCAGCUCAGAUAUUCAACAAGAGUCUGCAGUCUGUGAAUAGCAAAAGUACGUAAGCUGCUGUGACUGAUAACUUAGUAACUGUUUUACCUUGCUUUGUAGCACUGUAGAUCUUAGCCUGCUGUAUUUCUUUCUUGUAUAUUUGAUUUGUGAGAGAAACAUGGUUAAAAAAAAGAAUACUACCAAUGUCCCAGUAGAACUGCACAGCAAUCAUUGGUCAACUCAAAAGGCAAAUCCCUACAGAUGGAGCAAUAGCCUGAGCAACACAUGAGUGUAUUCAUACAUAUGUAUGUCUAUGUAUGCAAAGUCUGCAGUGCUAAUGACUACCAUCCAUCCUCACUGCCAAUGGGAACAAAGUAUCUUCUUUGGAAUCACUGAUGGAUAUGGAAAAAAAUCAUUUUCUAUUAACUGCUUUCAUACUUUGUUUUGUUCUUAUGGUAUGGUAGAUGAUACCGGUGCAGUAUCAGUAUUGUAAAAUUGUGUGGCAAAAACUGCAAAAGUAAUUCUGUGGAUAUAUUUUAAAUGGCAGAACAGAAACUAUAUUUCAGAUUCUUGUGUGAAUAUAAUUACAAAACUAGGUAACUAUUUUUAUGUGUUUCCAUAAUGACUCCAUUUCAUAUACAUUGUAAUUUAGCACCAAUCAUAAUAAAUCAUUUGGUAACAUUUAGUUGUUAUAUAUAUACAUAUAUUUCAAGUACAUCUAAGAGGUCAAUGAGUCAACAUUAUUUCAUGCUAACUCAAAAUUUUACAUGAAAGAUAAUUAUUGUUAGAGUUAGUUUAUUUCUAGUUUGGUAUGGAAGGUGGUCAAACAGGGGUAUAGGAAGAAGGAGAUUUGAUAAAUUGGUUAUUUUAUAUAGAGAUUUAAUAUAUUUAAUAUUAAAUUGCUAUCAGGACAAUGAGUGGAAGCCCUGCCUCUGUCUCUUAUUGAUUAGAUGGUCUUGCAAUAGUUAUUAUUAUUUAUGAAAUAUCAUCAGACCCUGCUUUCUUCAUCUGUAAAUGUAAAACAACAAAUCAUAAGAUUCUUGUGAUAAUUAAGUCAGAUAAUCCAAAGAGAUAAUUUAUCAAGGUGUCUGAGUCAUCAAAUAGAUAGAAUAAUAAUUCAGACAGCCUCAUUCCUACCAUUUAAAAUGCCAAUUUUAAAGUGAGGUUUGGCUUCAGCACUCUAAAUGUCUGAAUAUUUUUAUUUAUCUUCUGUAGUAAUUUAUGAAAUUGCCUAUAAAUAUUCAUUAUGAUUUUCAAUCAAAGGGGGAAUUAUAGAAGAAAAGUAUUUCCUCAGAUACAAAUUUUAAAGAUAACUUGUUUUUUUGCUAUGGUGCAAUGUGUCCAGCAGAACGCUUUUCCCUAUAACACACACUCAAAAAUGGAAAGGAUUGGACAGUGUACAGUUUGAGAAAUAUAAUAUCUUUCAUGCAUCCCACUUUGUAAUUUCUUCAUAAUAUUUAAUGUGACCUCUAUGGAUUUUUCAGUAAAGAAUCUUUUCAAACUUGUUAA